AUGUCACAAAAAGUAGAGGAGACCCUAAACAGAAUAAACACUCACAAGGGAGUUAAGGGAAUCAUCAUAGUAAACUCAAGAGGUAUUGCUAUCAGAUCAACAAUGUCGCAAAAUGAGACAAUCGAAUAUGGAUCUUUAAUCACUCAGUUCACUUCAAAGGCACAAGCCACAAUUAAAGCUUUGCACUAAGAGGAAGAUAUAUCAUUCAUUAGAAUUAGAUCUAAAAAGCAUGAAAUUAUGAUUGCCCCUGAGAAGGAAUUUUCACUUAUAGUACUUCAAAACCCUAGCAACGAUGAAACUAACUGA